UUUUGGCAGAGAGUUAAAUUUCUCUCAAAAUAAACCCAAAAAAAUCUGGCCUGCCACAGUUAAAAUAAAAAACGAAGUCAACACUGUCAGUGCCCAUGAAGACCGACCCACGCGUCAGUGACAGUGAGUCCCAGCAAACUAACGACCCGCGCUCAACAAGGAGGGAAAAAACAGUUUCCCGCUCGCGAGCACUUGGUCAGAUAAACCCCGCAAAACCGAACGGACCCUAGAGAGAGAUCUCGCCAGCGCGGGCGAAAUCGCAGCCCCAAUCGAGUCGAGGGCGAUGGCGGCCUACGAUCCCAAGGACGACGUCGACCGCCUCUUCGCCUGCUUCAAAUGCGGCGUCUCCCCUCCCCAGUCGGCUUUCAGGGAGAGGGCGCUCCCGCGGGGUAAGAAGUCGCGGGUCUCCCCCACGGCGGGGGUCGCUGGUAGCGGUGGCGGGAGCUCCUCUCUUGCUCCCAUGCCAGACGCCGCGGUGGAGAAGCAUGGCGCGCCGUCAUCGGCGGCGAUCAAAUUUACAGGCCGCAAGCAGAUGUCCCCAAUCGUGUUCUACGGUUCACCGCAAGGCGUCCCGGUGAAGAAGCCACUCAGCCUCUUGAGGCUGCUGCGUGAGAUCCGCAUUGAUCUGAAGAAGGAAACCGACUUGAUCCCCAGGGAUGUUGUUUGGGCUACAUUUCCUAGGCAAGAGGAGGCGAUCAGGUUCUCCAAGGCACACGCGCAUGCCAAUGUCUUCAGCUAUCAAGAUCAUAUGACCGGGACAAGAAGGUUCCUUGUGUCUACAUACGACGAGUUCUGGAGAAGGUACAAUGAUAUGGAUUCCAAGAUUCGCCAUCACUAUGAAGUUAUCCAGGAGGGUUCACCUUGCCACAUUUACUUUGAUCUCGAGUUUGAGACAAGAUUGAACAAAAAUCGGGAUGCAGAUGAAAUGGUCGAUAUAUUAGUUGCUUUCAUAUUCAGUGCCUUACGUGACAAAUAUUCUAUUGAAGGUCAAGAAGAGUGGAUCACAGAGUUAGACUCAUCAACUGAAGAGAAGUUUUCACGCCAUCUAAUCAUUCGUAUACCCAAGACUGCAUUUAAAGACAACUCCCAUGUUGGUGCAUUUGUCUCUGAGGUCUGUUCGCAAAUUGCAGCUCACCGUGCAGCCAAUCCUGACCUUGAUAAGCUGUAUAUUACAAAAGAGAGCUCUACAGGUCCUGUCGAUCAGCUCUUUAUGGAUACUGCUGUUUAUACUCGUAAUCGUUGCUUCCGUUUGGCUUUCUCAUCGAAGUCUGGGAAGAAAUCAUUUCUUGUGCCUAGCAGGCGCUUCAAAUGCAAGGAAAUGAAUGAUAAAGAUGUCUUUAUGGAGUCACUUAUUUGCAGAUUAGAUGAUAACUGUGAUAAACUUUUGAUAUGCAAACUGGACUUGGAAUGCAAGAAAACAUUGCAUUUUGACUCUGAAUUCAGUAUGCCUCGAAUUCAAGGAAGGAACAAGGAACCCAUUGCUACUUAUCGAAGCGAUUUUCCUCAUGAAUACACCUAUGGAAAAUCUCCCUUUCCAGCUUUGGAUGGCUUUAUUGAGUUUAUUGCUUCUUUUGGAAAUGUUUCAGGAAAGAUUCGAUCCUGGUACUGGUUUUCACAGGAUGGUUUGAUGAUCUAUAGCAUGUCAAGGAGCAGGUACUGUGAGCAUAUUGGAAGAGAGCAUAAGAGCAAUCAUGUGAUGUACAUUGUUGAUUUCCAAACAGCAGCGUACUAUCAGAAGUGUUAUGACCCCGACUGUCAAGGUUACCGUUCUCCAUUGCGUCCUGUACCCUGGGAUGUGAUGCCUGAACUUAGCUCUGUAGUGGAGUCAGCCAAGACAGAAUAUCAGGGCGAAGUUGUGGAAAUCAAUUUCGACGACAGCAGCAGGAACGGGUGUUAUCUGUCUGAUGGUAAAUCUGUCAUGGAGAGUCAUGAGGAGGAUCCUGGUUGGUGGGAAGAAGCUGUAAAAUUUGCUGACAGCAUCGAGAACAUCGAGCACAUUUCUGACCUGUGUUACUCGGAUGAUGAUGAUUUCUGGAUGAACGCAGAAAGGAUUAUGGAGCAGAUUGAGGGGCAAAAAGGAUCACAGAGCAAUACAUAGGGUUUCCUGCAGUCGCAUUGCUACUGAACACGCCCGUGCUAUUCGUGUCUGGGUAAUCGUUCCGUGAGUAUGUAGUUUCGGUUUUGUGGAUGUAGCUGUUCCUCAACGGUGGUGUAAUGCCGAACAGAAAAUUUUCAAAUAAUGUUUAUUUUAAUAGAAAAUUGCAACAAC